AUGUAUAAGAAUAGACCAAAUAAAAUUCAAAAAAUAAUGAAUGUGCAAAUGGUUUUGGAUGCAUUAAAAAGUGAUGGCGUACGCUUGAAUAAUAUUGGAGCACAUGAUAUUGUCGAAGGGAAUAUGAAGUUUAUACUCGGUUUACUUUGGUGUCUGAUUCAAAAGUACCAAAUUGAUACAAAUAUGAAGUUACCAAUGAGAAAAUUGAUGAUGGUAUGGCUUCAGAAUGUAUUGCCAGAAUUGAGUUUGAAAAAUUUUCAUCAUAACUGGAGUAAUGGCCUUGCAAUUAGCGCUCUUCUAGAUUAUUGUCAGCCAGGAUUAUAUCAAAACUGGAGAAGCUUAGAUCUACUUAAGAGUGAGGAAAACUGCGAAACAGCAAUACACCUCGCAGAAGUAAACUUCAAUAUUCCGCCAAUAUUAUCCGCGCGUGACAUGUCUUCACCAUAUUUGGAUGAAUUAUCCUGUAUCACGUAUUUAUCAUAUUUUCUGAAAGUUGACGGACCAGGGUACAAAGCUACUCUGCGCAACGUGCGAGAGUUAAUACCAGACAUUGAUGUUCAAGACUUUGGAUCAUCUUGGAAAGAUGGUUAUUACUUGUGCUCAUUAGUAAAAGCACUUGGAGGAAGCGUAACAGCAUAUCCUAAUGAAAGCCAUGCGCAAUCCUUGGAGAAUAUUAAAAGAGCGUUAAAUGCCGCAUCAUCAUUGGGAGUAAAUUCUGUGGUAAACGCAGAAGAAAUUGUCGAUCCUUCUUCAGGACAUUUAGGCAUUUCAGUGAAUUUAGAUUUAGCAUUCGCCGAAAAAUCAAACGUAAACAUUAACGAUUUGGAAGUGCAAGUGAUUGGACCCAGUAGACAAGUGCUUAGUGAAGAAUCAUUGAAGUUACGUAAAAAUUGCACACGCAAAGGAGCCGUCAUAUCAAUGAUUCCAUAUCUGCAAGGGCUCCAUAAUGGAUAA